CUUUAAAGCUCAACUUUGCAGUGUUGUCACAUCAGGAGCUGCUGCACUCAUUUUGCCUUUUUGUGAUGACCGCGAAAAGUAAAGAGGCAACUUUUGAACAUUGCCCCAUCACGAGCCAUAACCACCACCCACCCACCUAGAAUUUUUAAACAUAGUAUUUCUUCAUUUAAUGUCACAAUGUCCUGUGCAAACUUGGCCUGCCUCUGCGCCGCGCUGCUCCUCUGCCUUCUGUCCUGCUGCUGCUCUCCUGCCCAGGGAUACUUUGCGGAGGAGCGCUGGUGCCCCGAGUCUCCGCUCCUGGCUCCGCGGGUCCUCGUCGCCCUCAUCUGCAGAAACUCCGAACACUCCCUGCCGUAUUUUCUCGGGGCCUUUGAUCGACUCAACUAUCCCAAGGACCGCAUGGCUCUGUGGGUAGCGACUGAUCAUAACGAGGACAACACCACUGUCAUCCUGCGUGACUGGCUCGUCAAAGUGCAGAAACUUUACCAUUAUGUGGAAUGGAGGCCAAAAGAGGAACCCAGACGUUACACAGAUGAAGAUGGUCCAAAGCAGUGGACUGACCUCCGUUAUGAGCAUGUUAUGAAGCUUCGGCAGGUCGCACUCGAGUCAGCUCGUGAGAUGUGGGCGGACUUCUUUAUGUUGGUGGACUGUGAUAAUUUGCUCACCAAUCCCGAUGUGAUGUGGAAGCUUAUGAAAGAGAAUAAGACCAUCAUCGCCCCAAUGCUUGACUCCCGUGCUGCCUAUUCAAACUUCUGGUGUGGAAUGACUUCGCAGGGUUACUAUAAGCGCACCCCUGCCUACAUACCCAUUAGGAAGCAGCUGCGUAAGGGCUGUUUUGCUGUACCCAUGGUCCACUCCACCUUCCUGAUUGACCUGAGGAAAGAGGCAUCCAAACAGCUGGCCUUUCAUCCACCACACCCUGAAUACAACUGGGCAUUUGAUGAUAUUAUUGUGUUUGCAUACUCUGCUAGGAUGGCAGAUGUUCAAAUGUUUGUAUGUAACAAAGAGACCUAUGGAUACUUCCCUGUGCCCCUCCGAUCACAUAAUACUUUGCAAGAUGAAGCUGACAGCUUCUUGCAUACCGUGCUGGAAGUUAAUGUGCGAAAUUCCCCAGUGAUGCCUUCCAAAUACAUACGUGCUCCUAGAAAAAAACCUGAUAAAAUGGGAUUUGAUGAGGUUUUCAUGAUUAACCUCCAGAGACGGACUGACCGUCGAGAUCGUAUGCUGGGGGCAUUGUACCAGCAGGAGAUUGCUUGUAAGGUCAUUGCAGCCGUAGAUGGAAAAGCAAUGAAUGCCAGUGAAGUUCAAUCUCUGGGCAUCCAUAUGCUCCCGGGAUACAGUGACCCCUAUCAUGGUCGACCACUGACAAAAGGAGAACUGGGAUGUUUCCUUUCCCACUAUAAAAUCUGGAAAGAGAUAGAGGAGCGACGCCUGACCACCUCUCUGGUGAUUGAAGAUGACCUGCGCUUUGAAGUCUUUUUCAAACGCCGCUUAAUGAACUUGAUGAUUGAAAUACAGGAAGAAGGACUGGACUGGGAUCUCAUUUAUAUUGGUCGUAAGAGAAUGCAAGUGGAUCAUCCAGAGAAAGCGGUGCCUAAUAUACACAACUUAGUGGAAGCAGACUAUUCAUAUUGGACACUAGGUUAUAUGAUAUCAUUACAAGGUGCUGAGAAGCUUCUGAAAGCUGAGCCUCUGAAGAGGAUUUUACCAGUGGAUGAGUUUCUUCCUAUCAUGUACAAUAAACACCCUAUGACUGAUUAUAUGGAGCAGUUUGAAACUAGGGACUUGAAGGCAUUUUCCGCAGAGCCUCUUCUAGUGUAUCCAACACACUACACUGGCGACCCGGGCUACAUCAGCGACACUGAAACCUCCACAGUGUGGGACAACGACAAGGUCCGUACAGACUGGGACAGAGCCCGCUCAGGAAAAACUGGGGAGCAAGCUGAGAUCAGCACCGAGGCCCAGAACUCAGAUGUGCUACAGUCCCCUCUGGACAGUACAGCACGGGACGAGCUAUGAGACCCUUGUAGAAACUCACAGGUGCACAGGGCAAAUGAACUUGUUUUUUUUUUUAACAAGGUGUCAUCUGUGAUACUUUGUAUUUUGUAUCAUCAUGGGGAUGUGACAUCAGAGUUUGGAGAAAGAUUUAAUUUAAGUAGAUGUGACAGAUUAAAAGGCGAUCAGGUGUAUCUUAUGCUUUCCAUCAUGCUGUUUGUAUCGAAUAUAAAUGCACUAGACUUGCCAUUUGGGAUGGCAUUUGCAGUACCCAGCUUCUGUCUGUCAUACAGAAUUGAAUAUAUACAGUAUAUAUUAGUCAAGGAUGCAAUUGGACUGUUACAUUUCAGUCACUGGGCAAUUAUGUUUGUCCUAGUUUGACAUUACACUGUGAAAUGCUUUUACAAAUGAAUUAGGGAUCAACUGUACUGUUUGUCACUGAGCAAAAGCAAAACUGAAAUCGACAGUAUAAUUUUAAAGAAACAUCUGCAUGUCUUUGGCUUUCAUCGUUAGUAUUUCCUCUUAACGGUCAACUGUACGUAAGCAAACACUUGAGAUGUUUGCAGCAGAUCUUUGCCAAAGAAACAACAGACACAAACAAGCAACAGUUUGAAAGCAAAUAUGUCAGUCUUGCUUUGAAAUAAUUUAUUCCAUCCUGGAUUCUGCCUUUCAUGGCUGCAAUAGAUGUCUCAAGAAUGUGAUAUCUGUGAGGUACUGAUGGGAGAUGUUCGCCAUCUGAUUUUGCACGGGAAUGUUAUUGGUGCAUUGUGCCAACAAAAAAUAAAAUGCAGAAUUUUUGAAAAA